AUGAUGGUGCACAAUCUCACGAUGCUGGUGGUGGAGGUGGAGGGGGAGGCGGAGGGGGCGGGGGCGGGGGUGGGGGUGAGGGGGGUGGUGGAGAUGGCUGUGAAGGAACAGAGUAGUAGUGGUGGUGGAGUGGCACAAUGUUUUGGAGCAGGUGCAGGGACUGGAGCAGGGCCUGGUGCCGGCACGGGGGCAGGGCUGGGAGCAGGCACGGGGGCAGGGCUGGGAGCAGGCAUAGGGGCAGGGCUGGGAGCAGGCACGGGAGCAGGGCUGGGAGCAGGCACAGGGGCAGGGCUGGGGGCAGGCACGGGCGCAGGGCUGGGAGCAGGCACGGGCGCAGGGCUGGGGGCAGGCACGGGCGCAGGGCUGGGAGCAGGCACGGGGGCAGGGCUGGGAGCAGGCACGGGGGCAGGGCUGGGAGCAGGCACGGGGGCAGGGCUGGGAGCAGGCACGGGGGCAGGGCUGGGAGCAGGCACGGGUGCAGGGCUGGGAGCAGGCACAGGGGCAGGGCUGGGAGCAGGCACGGGGGAAGGACUAGGAGCAGGCACGGGCGCUUGA